AGGAGGGGGGGAGGGGGGGCAGCUGACGAAGCGCAGAGCCAACGGAGUCAACACACAACACCAAACCAGUAUCGCCAAUAAGCCAAAAGUAAAUUGUGUCAAAGGGCAGGAAAGUGGGAUCAGCGUCGAGCCACCAGCGGGACGAUCGCUACAAGAUGACGGAUUAACCGGAGCUGAAGCUCAAAGAGGAGAGAAGAUCGCGGCUACUCGCUUCAGGAAGGAACGGAACGUGAGAUAAACAAGGACAAAACCAACGCUGAAAGGAUAAACGGAAGUUUGUAAAAUGGGCAAUAAGCUGUCAUGCAGCUGCGCACCCCUCUCCAAAAGGGGCUAUCGGGACGAGGACUCACCCUGGCAAGCUGGGGCAAGACCCGCUAUCGGUGUCCCCAGGGGUGAGGCUGGCCACUUGCUCAGGUGCGGAAGCGUAAUAGAGAAGAAGAGACUUUGGGCAGAAGUAUUUCACGUGAGUGCGAGUGGUGCUGGAACUGUUAAAUGGCAACAAGUUUCCGAGGAUCUUGUUCCCGUGAAUAUUCGAUGCCUCCAGGACACGCCUGAAUUGGUCUUCCAUAUCACCGCCUACAACAGUCAAGUCGACAAGAUCCUGGACGUUCGACUUGUCCAACCAGGAACGAGAAUCGGUCAAGCCUCCGAAUGUUUCAUUUAUUGGAAAGAUACGAUGACCAACGACACUUGGGGACUCAAUUUUACGUCUCCGAUCGAUGCGAAACAGUUCAAGGAAUGUUGUAUACCAUCGACAAAGACACCGAGAAAAGCGGCCUCUUUGUACUCGUUCAAGGCCGAACAAGGGAACAAGCAGAAAGUAAAGCCGCGAAUAAAACCAUUGUCGACGCCAGCCUCGCCGAGCAGAACGAAAGCUGCACCUCAGUGCACUUGCAUGCGUUUGGAACAACUUUCGACCCUGAGGAAUCAAGAUCCGAAAAUGCGAUGCUCGUCAACGUUACCGAGGACAAUGACACGCUCAUCGGACAUGGAGACCACGCCGAAUCGCGACAAAAUAACCGCAGCAACAUCGAGCGCUUCCCUCUACGAUAACGUCAACAACGCCAACGACACACCCGGCAAAACUCUCAAAUCCAGUGACUCGUGCAAAUACAAAGACAAACAACAGCAGAAUGAAACUUGUCAAACGACUCCGAAAACCGCGAAUGCCGCAACUGGAACUGCAAAUGUCGGCUCGCAGAUUGACAGUCCCGAGGAAAAGGGCACGACGAUAUCGCCGAAGAGGGGAGUGAAGCACCAGGACAGCGGGACGCAGCAAAACGGAAGCGGGGGGGAGCGUGAGACUUUGAAAUCAGAGGGGACUCAAGCGGGAGGAACGUUGCAGAACAAAUCGAUGAGAAAGGAGCAACUGCACCACACGAAAUCGGCUGAUUACACGGAGCUUGAGAUGCAGAAUGGGAAUAUUUUUAACAUCGUAAACAACAAUCAUAACGGACGUAAAUCGAAGAGCAAGAGUACGGACGACAUGAGAAUCGAAAAUGCACAAAACGGUUGUAUAAGUCUCGAUCCGAUAACGUUGAAAAAAAUGCUCAAACCGAUACCCAGCAUCGACAGCUCCGUCACUUCGCCUGAAAUGACGAUGAAACGUCAUCACACCAUCAAUUACUAUCAUCCGAACAACAACAAUCAAAAGUACAUGCCGUCGGAAGCUGAGAACGAAAAUUACGUCGAUCAUCAUCGACGCCCCUACAACAACAAGUGCCAAGUCUCACGCAGCGUGCACGAGCUCGGACGCCCGUACACCGGCGGCAGAGGCAGGUUGUACUUAGAUUUGGAACGUAAUCGGUGCACAGGUGACAUUUCCCCACCGUCAGACAACGUAAUAUUCGACAAUCAAUGCUACGCGACGACGCCGAGCUCAUCGAACGGUAAUUCGGACAUGGAGCAACCGAAUCACUGCAAUUCGCGUCGUUGCAACAACCAGGGCGGCGGCGGUGGCUGCGGCGGCGGAGGGGGCGGUGGACAAACAUAUCAGCAGCAAAAUAUGCAAUCGGUAUCGACCCCCGGAAGUCCAACGAGUCGUUUGUUACUCGAAUACGAAAUGCAUCUUCGUAACACGCUCGCCAAAGGAAUGGACGCCGAGAGCUACAGUUUGCACACUUUCGAAGCUCUCCUCACUCAGAGCAUGGAAAAUUUGGAAUUUGCGGAAAAUCUUCCUAUGAACGCCCAACGUACACCGCACGUUACGCGCAGGCGCCUGAACAAUAACAAAUCCUCGACGCUUCCUCUCUCGUAUCGUUAUUGCAACGAACGACCCACCAACAGAGAUCGUGAUGGUUAUUACAGUGACAGAAACGAAAUAAUCAGAGAAUCGAGGGAACGCGAUGCUGAACGCGAACGAGGAUAUUUGAGCGAUUACAAUUCGAGAUGUCAAAGCUGCAUCGGGGAAUCAGCGAGGGCUCAGUGGUUCCGUCAUUCUGACGGCUGGCGAUCAGGGAGUUCGACCCUCGGCUCGGGCGCCUCGAAUUCCGCGAAUCCUAAUUACGGCGGACACAAGAGAGAAUCGCCCUGGGACUCAUUACCCUCCCUCAGACACGAGGGAAGCCUCAACGACAGUGGUUACAAGUCGAAUAGGACGGAUUCCUUCGAACAACGUGGCACCUUUGACAGACAGGACAGCGUUAGAUCGGAUUACAUGUCCGACAGGGAGGGUAGAUACGGAAUUGUACAACAAGCGUCACUGGAGAGCACAGACUCGAGGCUGUGCUACUUGACGUCCUCGGAGAUGUCCGACGACGACAGAAUGUCGUUGACGACCGCCGUGAGCGAUGACGACGACGGCGAAAGUGUCAUGAACUCACCGUACAGUGGAAAACAGACGGGAACCGCUGCAGCAUCGUUCAAUUGUACUGGCGCUGUUCGCAAAGCUGGAUUUCUCAGCGUUAAAAAAUGGCUGUUGCGCAAGAAGCACCAGAUUGAAUUGGCGAAGAAAAGAGGCUGGAAGGGUUAUUGGGUUUGUCUCAAGGGUACGACACUUUUGUUCUAUCCUUGCGAUUCUCACGAGAGCAGAGCAGUGGAAACAGCACCCAAGCAUCUUAUUAUCGUUGAUGGUGCUAUUAUGCAGCCCAUACCAGAGCAUCCUAAGAGGGAUUACAUAUUCUGUCUCAGCACUGCGUUCGGUGACGCUUAUCUCUUCCAGGCGCCGUGUCAAGUGGAAUUGGAGAAUUGGGUGAACAGUAUACACUCGGCGUGUGCGGCUGCAUUCGCUCGUCAUCGUGGUAAAACCGGGACUCUUCAUCUUCUUCAGGAAGAGAUCGGCCGAUUGGACAAGGCGAUAGAUUCGGAUCACAAGCUGAAGCACAUGGCCGAUCUUCAGCAAUCUGUCGUUUCGGACAUCGAGAUAAAACAGCAAAUAAACAACCAGAUCGUUCUGUGGGAGGAGAAUUUGGAGAGAUUGCACUGCGAACAAUUCCGCUUGCGGUGCUACAUGGCGAGCUUGCAAAGUGGCGAACUGCCCAAUCCAAAGUCGUUAAUGUCGCAGAGCCUCCUGACCCACGUGUCACGCGCAACCAAACAAACGCUCUACAAACUCGGAGUAUUUACCGUCUCUUCUUUCCACGCAUUCAUUUGUGCCCGGAGCCCCUCGUUACUCAACAAUUUAUUGGCUGGCCGUGGCGCCACUAAGAGGAGGCCCCCACUUUUGUCGAGAUCGAACAGCGCUUCGAGCCGCAGAUCGCUGCAAAUAUCCUCCAGGGACGAAGAAAAGUCGGUCAAGGUUUCCGUCCCGGAAAAUCAGCUCGUCUCCGUGUUUCUUCGGGAUGCGAUGACCGUCGAGGAAUUCCUGGCGAGUGCCUGCAGCAGAAAAGGUCUCAAUCCGAUGGAACAUUUCGUUAGAGUUAAAAAACGGAGGGACAUGGAAGAUCACAAUUAUUUCGUGCCACACAGAACCGACGGGAUCGAUACUUACCUUCACACUCACGAAAUCGUUGAAGUAUGCGCUAAAAUACUUUAUCAAGUUAAAUUACAACGCACGACCCUUGAUCAAAUGUGGGGCUUCUCCGUCGAGGCUGAACUCAUCGAAAAUGCGGACAGACAGGACGAACUGUGCUGCUAUGUCAGCAGAGUCGAGGACAAAAGCGUCGCCAUGCACAACGGUAUCAUCAAAAGCGACGAAAUAAUGGUGAUUAACGGAGCGAUUGUGAGCGAUCUGGACAUGAUGUAUCUCGAAAGCGUGUUGCAAGAGGAAUUGGCACUUUGUAUGAUGAUGAGAUCGUCCAGAACCGAGCCUCCCGAUCUCUCGGGCAUUAUGAGAGUCACCGACGACAUCAUCGAGAGCCUCGUUUGUCCCCCACCACCGACCGACCCACCGGUCAUCAGUGAAGAAAUGAUAACCGGGCUCAUCGUUCCGGCACCGGGGUGGAGCAAAGACGGAAUGAUGCAAGACUCCGCACCGGGUUCCCAUCUGGAGAACGGAAAACAAACGUCGCGGACGAAUUCCUUCGAGAUUGAAAAUUUGUUGAAAACGGCAGAACAAGUUACCGGCAUUUGCCGCUCACCCGGUGAGACGAGAAAAUCCAGCCCUACCGGAAGCGUCGUCAGUUCGCACUCCCAAGUACUAACUCCGAGUCGACAAUUGAGUGAUGCUGAAAAGCUCAAGAAAGUCAUUUCCGAAUUGAUCGAGACUGAACGAACUUACGUAAAGAAUUUAAAUAACUUGCUGGAGAAUUAUUUGGAGCCCCUGAAACGCGAGACUUUUCUCUCGAACGCUGAAAUAAACGCACUCUUUGGUAAUAUCCAAGAAAUCAUAACGUUUCAACGACAAUUUCUGCAUAGUCUCGAUAACAUUAUGGAGGCUGCGGUAGAUUUCGAGGAGUACGACGUCCCCAGCCAAUUUCAGAAUGUUCUGUUCGCCAUUGGAAGUGCCUUUUUACAUUACGUGAAUCACUUCAAGCUGUACAGCUCGUUCUGUGCCAGUCACUCGAAGGCCCAAAAAGUUUUACACCCGAACGAAGGAAAUCAAGCCUUACAAGAAUUCCUACAAGCGAGAAAUCCUCGACAGCAACAUUCAUCGACCCUCGAGUCUUAUCUGAUAAAACCAAUUCAAAGGAUAUUAAAAUAUCCUUUAUUAUUGCAACAAUUGAAAAAUUUAACGGACGAACGCAGCGAAGAACACCAGCACUUGAUUGAGGCACUCAAGGGCAUGGAAAAAGUGGCUGAACACAUCAACGAGAUGCAAAGAAUUCACGAAGAGUACGGGGCUAUUUUCGAUCAUUUGUUCAGGCAGCAUCAGAAAUCGUGCAAACAGCCAAUCGAUCUGAGUCCCGGUGAUUUGUUGUACUACGGUGGAGUCGAGUGGUUGAACAUCUCCGACUUUCUUGGCAAAAUCAAAAAGGGUCUGGAGCUUCAUGCGAUGUGCUUCGUUUUCAAAUCAGCUGUUGUUUUCCUGUGCAAGGAGAGACUGAGGCAGAAGAAGAAACUUAUGGGCGUUUCGACAAAAACGAAUUCCAGCGAGGUCGAAAUCAUUCGCUAUCAAGUGCUCAUCCCUGUGACCGAGGUCCAGGUUCGUGCGAGCUGCGCCAAGGACAUGGACUCGCACUUCCUUUGGGAAUUGAUUCAUCUACGAAGUCAGUUGCAGAGACGCUCGGAGAAGGUUUACGUUCUCUCGAACAGCACGACCGAGUUCAGGAACGCAUUUUUGAAAACAAUACGCCAAAUAAUACGAGAAUCCGUGAGAAACAUGAGCAUACCAUCGACCAAGCCGAACAUCAGCCAACCACCGAUGACUUUGUCACGGAUAUCGACGGGGCACGUUGAAAAAAUGGACAAACCACCCAUCUGCCCUAGUCAGGGACAAAACGGAAACGGCCAAUCGCAGACUGGCGCUGUUUCGAAAAAAGCGGGUAAACAACAAUUGUUGUCUAACAUGCUCAAUACCAAAAGAAAGUACAGCCAUUCGAAACCGUCGAUCGAUCACGAAAGCUCCGAGGACAAGGAAACCGAAGAACCACAGCCGAGUCAACAACACCAACCGACCUUUCGCUCGAGAAGCAAAACCAUCAGUGAUACCUCAGAAGUGAAAGUCGAAAUGGAUUCGGGUACCAAGUCCGAGGGUGAGGAGGACUCGCAGGCUUUUUUAGGGGAGAAGAAAACGAGUUUGGGGCGGACGCCGAAUCAUCUGACGUUAAGCACGACCUCGACGAUUUCGGCGGGAAGUACAGGUAGUCAGGCGCGAUUAAUACAAUCCUCGCAUCAUCCGGAGAAUUAUCAGCCGAUCGCUGUCAAGGAGCUUGGUUCGCCGAUAUGGAAGCCGCGGGAGUUACCUUCGCUCGGGGAGGCCACAACGUUGCCGCGAAAGGGUAAGUCCGCCGGUGAAUUUGCGGAUAUGAGCUCGGCCCACAGCGCCUCCCGAAAGUCUCUCAUAGAAAUCAAUAAUUGUGCUCAACAAUCUAACUUUAAUAAUCACGUUUAAGUUUUCAUUAUUUUUAUCCGUAUUAUUAUUAAAAAGAAAAAGAAAACGAGAAAAAAAAAAUACGAAACAACACACGAACACACGAACGCAAACACGAAAACGCACACGUGAAAACACACACACACACACGCACACGCACACACACACACACACACACACACACACACACACACACACACACACACACUGCUUGCGCAGAAAUGGAAAACACUAAGAAAAAAGAAACCAAAAAUAAUAAUAAUAAUGGAUAAUGAAUAAAUAAUAAUAACAAUAAUAAUAAUAACGACAUUAAUAAUAAUACUAUUAAUUCAUUUCCGAAAGACACGAUACGAAGAGAAACAACCGUGAGACAAUAUAUGUGAGACAAAUGCGAGAGAAAGCGGCUUGGGGCGGGGGCGGUGGGAGGGGGGGGUGAGGAGACGAAAAUCCGAAUCGAAUGAGAAAUGAUGAAAAAAUAGCACGAGAAUGACGAAAAGAUGAAGUAGUGAGCGAAUAGAUUGAUAAGAGAAAUUCAAAGAAAAGAAGAAUGAAUAAAGCGAUAAAGACACGAGAAAGGAAAGAAAAGUAAGGCGUUUAUUUGAAAAAAUUGAUAAAUUGUAAUGAACGUCAAAUAAGUUUCAUCACCGAGGUAGUAUAAGUAACAUUGCUAUAUUCGAUUAUAUUAUUGUGUAACGAUAUCGAUAUAUCUAUAGCAGGCUUUGCUGUCCUGGUUGCGGUGCGUACACCGAAAAACGAAUUUCUCUUGUUCGAAAUAUUUCUCGAAAGGUUGAAAAGUCAACAUUCCUUCCUUCCUUCUUCUUCUGAAUAUCAUUAAAAAUGGUGCAACGAUUAAAUUGCUUCGACGUUGGAAAUGUAUGGAGAAACACUGAACGAAACGCACACAGAGGGCAGGAAGUGCUGAGUCGAGGCAAAGAGCCUCGGUUUAAAAAUCUCUUGUUUCCCAUUUAUGAUUUUUCUAUGAUUUUUUUUUCCCCUCCCCCAACUUUCAGACUGUAGAAACGAGGCAUUCCAAACACUUAUUUUUUCGACCUUCUUUCUCAUGGGCAGCAAAGAAAUGUGUAAAUAAUAUGAUUACGGAAUCGCUGCGAAUUGGCAAACCGAAAAAAAAAAAAAAAAAAAAGAGCAAAUUCGAGAAGUUUUGGAACGGUGAGAUUAAGGAGAAACGAAAAACCUUGUUGGGGAUUGAACGAAUAGAAAUAUGUCGAGGGGAAUGCGCGCGCAUUUGGAGAGACCAGGGGAUGUGCGAAUUCAAGCGUUUGAAGGAGCCUGCGAAUGCGGGGAAGAGCGGCAAUCGUGUGAAUCGAGAAACAAUCGAGUCCUGCGAUUCGAGGCUGCUGGGCGACAUAGCUCAUUUAUUUUUACCGUUACUCAAGAUAUACGAGAGUCAGGAGCCUCGAAUCGGGGCCUCGUGAGGGCCGGGAGGGUAAAAAAACAUCGUGCGAAGGCUGCGGAGUAUAAAUGCAGAAGGAGAAUCGAUGAAAUUGCUCAUUAAAAAACGAAGCGAUGCACGCAGAAGCGUCGAUCUAGUUAACAAAACUUUAAAUAACGGAACUAAAAGAAUUCUCGUACAGUAUAGAGAUAAACGUCAAUCAUAAACGAACACAUACAAAGUGAAAUUUUUCAACGAACGAAAGUUCGAGGAACGAAGAAGCGCGCAGGAAACGAAAGAAUCAGAAAGUGCUAAAAAAAAAAUCGAAUCCGCGAGCGACAGAGAAGUAUUGACAACGUGUAAGCUAAACCAAAGAAACUGAAUGACGUGAAAAAAGGGAGAAAAAAGCGAAGAGCUGAAAACGUAAACGAUAAAAAAUUUUAAAUAAGAACAAACCGAACGGUAGAAAAUAUUCGAAAGGAGAGCCAAGAAAAAGAAAAAAAGAAACGCGUGGACGUGGUGAGAAAAAAAAUGAAUAAAAAUAUUUAAAAAAAAACAAAAUAUGAAAAAGAACAAAAAAAAAAAUCUAACGAUAUCCGAUGUGUAACACUGUUAUAAUUGGUAUAUUAAUUAAACGAUAUUGAGGGAUUAAUUCGUGUAAAUUAGAAGAGACAACAGAAAGUAUCCAUACAUAGAUGAAUACCUACCAUCAGAAGCAAAAAAAAAAAAAAAAAGAAAAGAAAAACAUUGAACAAUGCAUACGUACGUAUAUAUGUCACAUGUAUGUUUAUACAUAUUUAUAUACGUACGUACGUUAAAAUAUAAAGAUACUCUAUUAAACGUAUACUCGAAGUACCGAAUGAUGUUAAUUAGCUCGUUGCGCGCGCCCGGCCCAGCGCACUAUCUCCGCCGAGACUAAAAACCAUCGUUUUUAUCGCAGGAAGAUGCUUACGAUCGAGUCUCCUUGGGGAAAUGAUAUUUCGAAUGAAUAAAUGAUUAUUAGUUCGGCAUUGAAUUAGGAAUUAAUUAGCAGGGAAUUCCGAUCGUAAUUCGAGCCUGGAAGGUUUUUUGUCACCAGGAUUUGGCACGAGGAGAGAGUUUUUAAAAAAUUUCAUAACGACGAAUGAUAAUUGGCGGGAGAAUGAAUUAUCAAAAAACUGAAUAUUAUUACGGUCGGAUGAAACUGAGAAAUGUCAGUUCUCUUUUAUUCAUUCGAAAAUUCGAUCGUGCGUGAGCAUCGAUCGACGCUUUCUUGUAUCGAUGAACUUUUUACGUUUACAAUUUGAUCGCGUCCAUCAAAAUCCACGAUAAACCUCGCGGUCGUGAGAUCCUGUCGAAUCUCACUCGUCCAAUCUUCGAUUUUUGCCACUCGUCCUUCAACCUCCUCUCUCUCUCUCUCUUUUUCUCUGACUCUCUCGCCCCCCCCCCCCCCCCCCCCCAUACUCUCGUCAUAAGCCUCGUUUUUCGGUAAGAAAAAGUAUCUCGAAUUUACCACUUUUGCAGUUUAAUAUACCUCCUUGAGGAGAGAAACAGUCGUCGAGGAGACACGAGGAAAAGUGAAGUGCCAACGUGUACACUCACGUUUAUCGAUAGAUCAAUAUAUUAUCACGAGAGUUUUAAUGUCGAAACGAGGCUUCUGGGGCUCGUUCAUAAGCGCCGACUUUUGAAUAUAAAAAAAAAAAACAAACAAACAAACAAACAAAAGAAAAAACAAAUUACCAUUAAAACGAAUCAAUAUAAAAAGCAGACGCUAAAACGAUGAAAAAGUGUUUAAUCGUAUCGAAACUCACGUACCAGCAUCGCUUUUCUCGUACAUUAUUUAGCUGAUAACCAAGUUUUUGUGUGAAUAUGAUAGUGUUGAUUGCAGUAAAUUGUAUAGAAAUCGGAUGCUCAAGCAUGUUUUAAUCACGAAUUGUAUUAUACUUCCGUAAUGAUACACGAUUUUGCUUAUAUAUUUUAUUGAAUUAUUUAUACUCAUCUGUAGGCGGUUUGAAGGAAAUUAUUUCGAGCAUCCCGAUCGUCGCAUUAUUAGCGCGUGAGAUUGAAAAAAAUUAAAACAAGAGAAAGAAAAAAAAAA